CCUUCAAAUAGUCAAGGUAGUAGUCUUUGUUGAUUUCAAAGCAAUUUUUUAAAAAUAAGUCACAUUAUUACACAAAUAUUGUUUUAAUUUGUUUCACACAUUAACCAGCAACAUUUGUAUGCCAAUUAAUUAUUAUUUACGAUGAGUACGAAAAUCAUCAAGGCAGGUGCCGCUGAGGCCGAUCCGUUCGAGACAUCCAUCUCGCAGGCGCUGGUCGAGUUGGAGACCAACUCUGACCUUAAGGCGCAAUUGAGGGAGCUGUACAUUACUAAGGCUAAAGAAAUUGAGCUACACAACAAGAAGUCAAUAAUCAUUUAUGUGCCAAUGCCCAAGUUGAAGGCAUUCCAGAAGAUCCAGAUAAGACUUGUCAGGGAAUUGGAGAAGAAGUUCAGUGGUAAACACGUUGUGUUUAUCGGUGAUCGUAAAAUUCUUCCCAAGCCUAGCCACAAGACACGUGUUGCUAACAAACAAAAGAGGCCACGCUCCAGGACCCUGACCUCUGUAUACGACGCUAUCUUAGAAGACCUAGUGUUCCCUGCAGAAAUCGUCGGCAAGCGUAUCAGAAUCAAGCUGGAUGGUUCACAACUUAUUAAAGUGCAUUUGGAUAAAAACCAACAAACCACCAUUGAGCACAAGGUGGACACUUUCCAAUCUGUAUACAAGAAGCUAACAGGACGCGAAGUCACCUUCGAGUUCCCUGAACCUUACUUGUAAAUUAGAUUAUGAUUUUACAAUAAAGUAUAAAAAUCCGUAA